GCCAAGGACGGGUCGACCGAUCGACCGACAUUUUAAGUGAAGCCGCGUAAAAGUCGGAACGCUGCCCAAUGUUUGCAUCGAUGUAUUGUCAAAUAUUUUCAAGAUGCCUGCAUUUAAAUAGUAAACAGUACUAAUAAUAAGUAGUAGAAACGAUAUAUUAUAUCAUAAUAAUAAUAUAAUCCAUAAGUCCAUAAAUAUUAUAAAUUAUAAAUAUCUCAAAUAUUUAUUUAACUUAAGUGCAUCGAAAGUGUUUUAAAUUAUCGUAAUUACGUUUUUUUUAUAAAGACCAGUACGGUAUUCGGGAAUUUUAAUUUUUUUUUUUAACUGUUAUACAAACACACGUCGUCUUCGAAUUGCGCAUUUUAUUGGGUAUUCUGCCCACAAAGAAAGCGACGAACAGCCUCCAAUAAAAUGGCCCUUGUCACCAAUUUAGACGGGCCAACAAAUUUACUCGAUGAAAGUGUUAAUGACUGUGAAAAAGAAGAUGGAGAAGAUAUCGAAGAUGGAGAAAUUUUUGAUGAAGAAGAUGAAGGGGAAAGUGAACCUAAUGUUGCAGAGUUAUCUAAAAAAAGUUCUGAAUCAAAGUCAGUUUUAUUAAAUGAAAGUCAACAUACAGAGGACCAUAAUGAAAAAGAUUUUGAUCAGUGGGACAUGGGGCAACGAAAUCAACCACCUUAUUCAAAAACGAAUACAGCAUCUAAUAAAACCUUUACGGGUUUUAACAGUAGUAGACCCAGACUUGAUAGAUUUUCAAGAAACAAGGGUUCUUUAAUAAAACGAGAUGUGAAUUAUCAUGUAGAUGAAGAAAGACCUAGGCGAAAAAGAAGGAGAUUUGAUUUAAUAGAAGAAAAAGUAUCGCCAAAUAGGAAUACUCCUAAUGGAUUACUUAAAAAAAGAAAAAAUAAUGAGACUGCUACUGAUCUCAUAGAUGGAGUCAAUGAAGAAGAGAUGAUGUACGUCAGAGGUUCUAGUCCUGAAAUAAAAAAUUUUGAGUUUUCUAGGGACUUUGAAGGAGCAGGAGCAGGAGGAGAUGAUGAUUAUCAUAAUCCUAGAGAAAAUUUUAGCCGAAGAGGUAGAGGUAGGAGAGGUGAAAUUGAUCGCCGUACAAGAGGUAUGGGUUCAAAACGGCGAAUAGGCUUAGGUGCUCCAGCUAAAGCUAAAAGAUCUGAUGAUGAAGAAAAAAUUUGUCAAUAUUUUCUGCAGGGUAAAUGCCUGAAGGAAAACAACUGUACCUAUUCUCACCAGCAACCAAAUGGUAGAAAAAUGGAAUUAUGUAAAUUUUAUUUGAUGGAUCGUUGUAGUAAAGAAGACCGUUGUACAUUUAUGCAUAGUGAAUUUCCUUGUAAAUAUUAUCACACUGGUAUGAAAUGUUAUUCUGAACCAAAUUGUCGUUUUAGUCAUGCUAAACUAGAUGAAGACCAAAAGAAAAUUUUACUCAAGUCAUUUGGAAAGUUACGGUAUGAUCCACCUGAAUAUGAAAAUCAUAAUGAUAAUUACAAGAAAAAAUAUGAAGAAGAUUCCAAAACAUUGACUGAAAACAACUUUAUUGCUAAAAAUGACAAAGCCAAAAUCCCUUCAUUAUUAGAAAUGCAAAUACCAGUUCCUUUUGCAUUAAAAAAUACAGAUAAAAUAAUAAUGGAUGAUGAUCCUGAAGCCAAUAAUAAUAACAGUAGUACUCCAAUGCCAUCACCUUCAAGAGAUGAAGUAAAUCCUGACAAUUUCGAAGUGAAUGAGAAUGAACAAUACAUGAAUGCUCAAUGUAACAAUCGUUCUCAACAUAAAGGUAGAAAACAUGAUAAAAGACAAAAACAUGAUAAAGCAGCCCGUAAGAAACAUAGAGAAGAAAGAUAUGAAGAAAAAAGACUUGAAAAAAUCAAACAAAGAAAAGAAGACAUAGUCUUACCACCACUUGGUGAACACUCAAUGUUAGAUGACCUUAGCGAUAAUGAUGAUGAAUUUAAUGAUCUUGUAAUUGACGAAGAGAAAUUUCCUCAUGAAAAUAAAGAACAACUAUUACCAAAAAAACAAAAAGAACUUUUAAAACGAAUUCAAGUUCAACAAAAAUAUUAUAGCGAAACUGAUGGCAGUGAAGACCACUGUAGCAAUCUUGAAGAUCGUUAUUCAAGUGAUAGUCAGGAGCAAAGUUCUCAUAAUUCUAUUAGCAACUUGUUUAAUACACUACAAAAUUCUGGAAAAGAAAAUUUUCAAAAUUGUUCGAAUUCUGAAACACAGAGUUCUAAUGUAGAAAAAGUCGAUUUGGACAAAAUUACUAUUAGUGAAGAUAUAGCAAAACUAUUAAAUAGUAUAAAAGCCCAAGUUGGAAAUGAUCAAUCAAAUAAGGAACAAUCAUCACCUUUUCAUUUGCCACCUUUAGGACUACCUUUUGAAGGAUCGAUUCAAGAAAAAACAAUGAGUAUUGAAGAAUCUCCUGCUAGCCCAACAUGCAAUAGUGAUAAUGCAAUAGAUUUAGGAAAAUCUGAUGUUGAUCUUAGACAACUUCCAUUUCAAUUUCCUGUUGCAGCUGCUACUGAAAUUGAGGCUUCUUUUGACAGUCACCCUCCUAUGAAAUAUCAUGUGCUUCCAACUCAAGUAUCUGUGCCUGAUUAUUCAAAAAUCCCACCAACAAUGGGAAUUGAUGAUCCACGUCUUAGACGUAGUAUAACAGCAGCUAGAGAUCCAAUAUUUAUUCCAAAUACUCCUAUGGUUAAUCCUGUUGUAAUAAGACCCGUAGCUUCACAAAAAAGUGCUCCUCGUGAUCCUCGUAAACCUCAGCAAGAUGUUAACUCUUGUGGUACAACUAUCCGUCCUCCACUUUUACCAACCCCAGACACUAUGCUACUUCAAAGACCUAUGGAUAGUGAUAUGAGACAAAUACCUUCUUCUAUGAUGUGUCCACAAAUGAUGGCAGUCCCAAAUGAUCCUCGGCGAAAACAAGUUGUACCCGGUGAUCCCAGACAAAGACAAAGAUUUGAUGUUGACCAGAGAAUCAAUAACAUGAAUAACUUUAAUUUAAUAAAUUUUAAAUAAGUAUAAUUAUAAUAAAUAGCUAUGUAUACAUACUUAAUGUAAAUAUAUCUUAAUAUAUUGUAAUGUAUAUUAUAUUUUUAUAUUGUAUAAAGUAUUAAUAGUUAAAUAUUAAAAAUGUAUAAAUUAUUACAGUAUUUUUUUUAAAUAUUAGUAAAA